GGGAUAAACUGCCACACGGUGGCGGCAAUGGGCCCGCUUCACGGGAGAAGGGAUUGACUUUGUAUUAGUGCAGAAUUUUCAUCACAAGGUUACAUUUACCAAGCAGAUUUCUGUAAACACUGUGCUGAAAGUGUCAGCUAAAUGACAUUUUCGGGGUCAGUAAACAGUAAAAUUUGACAGAUAAAUAUGUCUUUCGACCUCUGAACAUCCUCUUUGAGACUGAGGGAUUUUACCUGUCUUAAAUGUAUGACAUCGCUACUCAGAUUCGACAUGUAUUGUUAUUAAACUGCCCGAAAAUACAUAUAAGGUACUUGUUUCUCAUUCUGAGCAUCCAUUCAAAUAAUUUUUGAUUUAAUGUACGCUUACUCAUAAAUAUAUUUUCCUCUAUAAAACAAACAUUUAAAUUUUCAAACUGUCAUUUUGGAUUCACAGACGAGUACCAGCCAUCGCUGGUGCACCGCGGAUGGAUACGGUCGCACGCUGAAACGAGUGUGUAUAAAGAUUCCGGUCUAUUAAAAGGAAGUCCCUUUCCAUUUCCCUGCGUCAGAGAGCAGAAGGGAUAAUAUAUUGGUUGCAUUUAUUCAAGAUAAGUCAACGAAAUAAAUAAGGUAUGUACACUGCUAUUUACUCACUUAUAAAAGGCUUUUAUCCUUGUCUGAAAAUCGGUUACGGUAACCUACCGCUGAACUAUGAAUGGAUGUGUCCACGGUGAAAGCUCGUGAGUCACGACGACAGCCUUAGCAUCAUAACUGUCCUGCGAGUAACGGCUGUAAGAAAAUGUGUUUUUAGUUUAAUCUACCUGUUCAUCAGUUUGAAAUGCUUAAAAGUUGUAAAAUUUGGUGUAUUAACGGUGUUUUGUUGGUUGGUUGUGUGAAUGCGGCAAUGUGCCGCACUGCUAGGCCGAGCUGAGGCUGCAGGUGUGGUGAGGAUGACAGAGCUGUCCCGGUUUAUUUAACAAAGAUUAUUAAAUUCACCGGGUCUGAUAUAAACUGUAAUAUAUGUGUAAUAAAAUAAUAAUAUAAUUCUGAAACAUUAACGUCAAAUUCGAUUCAAUGAGGAGAGUUAAAUGACCGAACAGGAGCUGUUUCUGUUAACGGAAAACUCGAUUGUGUUGAAAAAAUCGUUAAACGGUCAAACUUGAUAAUUUAGAGCUUAAAUAAACUUAAAGUUAAUUAGAAAUGUUUCCUUCUAUCACAAGUUAGAGCUCCGGCUCCUUCCACUGACCUCUUCAUUCGGCUGCUUUUUAAGUGAAAUAAUUAUAAUUUCUCGGUACAUUAAAUGAUAAACUUCGUAAGGAUUUAAAUAAAGGUCAAGUGACGCAUUUGUGAACGUAACCAUCCUCCUCGGCUGUGGUCGUUCCUAAGCACGUGUUUAUGGCGUCCAUUGUCUGUCAGUUGACGCCAUGUUGGCUAACAGCUACUUCCGCCGAUGUUGGCUGUAUGAUGGAAACCGUCCAAUCUUCGAGUCAGACUUUGGACACGAUCCAACAAAGAAACCGUUUUACGUUAAACGAAAGUGAAGACAUAAUCUCAUGGCAAUAAAUAAAUGUCAUUUUUAUCGUUGUGAACUGUCCCCAUAUCUUCCAAAGGCUAGGUUUUGUUUGCUGUUAAACUAAAGUCAUCUUUCUAAAUCUUCCCUGUUGUUUUUUUUUUCUGUGCAGAUGCCUGAAGAAAUGCACCAAGAGGAGGAGGCUGAGACCUUUGCCUUCCAGGCAGAGAUCGCUCAGCUGAUGUCCCUGAUUAUUAACACCUUCUACUCCAACAAAGAGAUCUUCCUCAGGGAGCUGAUCUCUAACGCCUCUGAUGUAAGUCUGUGGUGGUUACUCACUAUUUUCCAUGUUCCUGUGGUGUAAAAUUUGAAGAAACUACAAUCGAUGAUGGCAGAUGUGAUAUUUACACAUGAAAACCUGUGUGUUUAAUAGCAUCUUGUUGUGAUAACCAUAACAAUUAUAUUUUUUUACAGGCUUUAGAUAAAAUCCGCUAUGAAAGCCUGACCGAUCCAUCCAAGCUUGAUAGUGGCAAGGAUCUGAAAAUCGACAUCAUCCCCAACAAAGCUGACCGCACUCUGACCCUCAUUGACACUGGAAUUGGCAUGACCAAAGCCGACCUGAUCAACAACCUGGGUACCAUCGCCAAGUCCGGCACCAAGGCCUUCAUGGAGGCCCUUCAGGUAUUACAGCAAACACGUGAUCUGAGCUGCAGCAUAUACUCAAGAAUAUAUCGGCUCGCCCUCUCUGACCAGGGAUCAAAUAUUAAUCUGCGAUUUGUUCCUCUAGGCUGGAGCUGACAUUUCCAUGAUCGGUCAGUUUGGUGUGGGUUUCUACUCCGCCUACCUUGUUGCCGAGAAGGUGAUGGUCAUCACCAAACACAACGACGAUGAGCAGUACGCCUGGGAGUCCUCAGCUGGAGGUUCCUUCACAGUCAAGGUGGACAAUGGUACGUAUCCUGACAUUGUAGGAUAGUCAGUCACAGAGUUAAAUAUCAAACUAUUUAUUAUAAUGCAGUUUACAGAGAUCACUCUAUUUUAAUACCACAAUCAUUCAGCUAUACACUGUGAUGAUGUUUAAAAUGAGACUAACACAAUGUUUAGUAUCAAAUAAUCUUCAUUUACUUAAUGCCUGUGAAACUGUUUUCUAGGUGAGCCCAUCGGCCGGGGAACCAAAAUCAUCCUGCAUCUGAAGGAGGACCAGACCGAGUACAUCGAGGAGAAGAGGGUCAAGGAAAUCGUCAAGAAGCACUCUCAGUUCAUCGGCUACCCCAUCACCCUGUUUGUGAGUAUUAUAUCUGUAAUAGUGUUGUGUUAAACUGGAGGCAUGUCAAUUAGCAAGGAUCUAACUGUUGUCCUGUUUGAUAUUCAGGUGGAGAAGGAGCGCGACAAGGAGGUCAGCGAUGACGAGGCAGAGGAGGAGAAAGCAGAGAAGGAAGAGAAGGAGGACGGUGAGGACAAGCCAAAGAUUGAAGACGUGGGGUCAGACGAUGAGGAGGACUCUAAAGACAAGGACAAGAAGAAGACGAAGAAGAUCAAGGAGAAGUACAUCGACCAGGAGGAGCUGAACAAGACCAAGCCCAUCUGGACCAGGAACCCAGACGACAUCACAAACGAGGAGUACGGCGAGUUCUACAAGAGUCUGACCAACGACUGGGAGGAUCACCUGGCUGUGAAGGUAUUUAUGCAGGACAGUGUUUACAGCGUCUGUUUUUAGUCUCUGUCUGCAUUAUCAGAUCAUUUGAGGUGACCUCUGGUCUACCUUCUUUUUAGCACUUCUCCGUCGAGGGUCAGCUUGAGUUCCGGGCCCUGCUCUUCAUCCCCCGCCGCGCACCUUUCGACCUGUUUGAGAACAAGAAAAAGAAGAACAACAUCAAGCUGUACGUCAGGAGAGUCUUUAUCAUGGACAACUGUGAAGAGCUCAUCCCAGAGUACUUGAGUAAGAGACGUGCGCUUAAAAUAAUCAUCUAUACAGAACAGAAGAGUGGAACCUGUUACUCAUGAAGCUCUGUUUAUUUCUCCAUCUCCAGACUUUAUCCGUGGUGUGGUCGACUCCGAGGAUCUGCCCCUCAACAUCUCCAGAGAAAUGCUGCAGCAGAGCAAGAUCCUCAAAGUCAUCCGCAAGAACAUCGUCAAGAAGUGUCUGGAGCUGUUUGCUGAGCUGGCUGAGGACAAGGAGAACUACAAGAAGUUCUAUGAAGCCUUCUCCAAGAACAUCAAGGUAUCUGAAAGUGAAAGCAGCGAGGAACACGUGUACUCUAACGUGGAGACAUUUUUUUUUUUUUAGCCGAGGCUUUAACCAAAGUUUCUCUUUCCUCAUGUCUUCAGUCCAACUCUGUGGAUCUAAAAGGUUCCUCUGUGUUCUUUUAAUGUGGUCGUGACCAAACCCUGUAGUCAUCUUGGACAGUGUAGUGAUAGUUUAGUCUGGAUAAACGAUGAAGAACAAGUUUUGAUUCAGCUGCUUGUAGUUGAUAGCUUAUUGAAGUCCACCUGCAGUGUUUAUAUGCUGUAGAGUUAGACCCCUGGUACUGUAGAUCAGUGACUCCACUGGUGUGAGUGUUGAGAUCAAACACCUGAGUACGUGUCUGUGGUAAAGCAGGUUUUAUAACUCUGAUAAUGAACCUUUGGAUCACAUGAUUUUCCGAAGUAGAGCUGAUGGUCCUGAUAACAUUUUAACGGUUGGCUUAUCAAACUGAAAAACUCACAUUCAGGAUUGUAGAUAUUAAUGAAAUUUCCCAAAACAAGUUCCUAAAUUGUAAUUUUGUUUUGAGUAAAAAAACAUGUCGGUCUAUUUGGAGUAAAGGUAAUUAACUGCUGUCUGAGAGUUUAAACCUUUUUUUAACGAGGUUUUGAGGUCAGCACAGAAAAUUCUUCGUACGAAAGAGUUUAAUCUUUUUUUAUAAACUGAUUUUUUUUCUUUUUCCUUUCUGCACCAUUUUUAUAAUCUAGUUUUGUAUCCUCACGUCUGUUUUAUAAAUCCUUUUUGGUCUAAAUCUUUUUAUCAAUAAUACAUUUAUUCAUCGAAGUUCAUUCACAGAGCUGUGGACUUGAUUCGUUGUAGGAGUAAUCAUGUUUCUGUCAUAGUUUUACAUCCAUAUACAAGCAGUCUGGAUUAAUCCAUCUGUUGUCUUUGUAGCUGGGCAUCCACGAGGACUCUCAGAACCGCAAGAAGCUGUCUGAGCUGCUGCGCUACCACAGUUCCCAGUCUGGAGAUGAGACCACCUCCCUCACAGAGUACCUGACUCGCAUGAAGGAGAACCAGAAGUCCAUCUACUACAUUACCGGUGAGUCUGCCGCCUAACGCAGCCCCUCCAAAUGGUUCUUCAAUACUUGAAUCCUCCGUAGAUGAUCCUAAAUUAAUGAUUUUUCUGUCAUUCCAACUUCAGGUGAGAGCAAGGACCAGGUGGCCAACUCCGCCUUCGUCGAGCGCGUCCGCAAGCGUGGCUUCGAGGUCCUGUACAUGACAGAGCCCAUCGACGAGUACUGUGUGCAGCAGCUGAAGGAGUUUGAUGGCAAGAGCCUGGUCUCUGUCACCAAAGAGGGUCUGGAGCUGCCAGAAGACGAGGAGGAGAAGAAGAAGAUGGAGGAGGACAAGGCCAAGUUCGAGUGCAUCUGCAAGCUCAUGAAGGAGAUCCUCGACAAGAAAGUAGAGAAGGUCGGUGUCUCGCGUCAAACCCCCAUUUCUCUUCAUACUGCAGGGUGUAAGGCUCCCACAGACUGGAGCUGACCGUGUUCUGUUUGAUAACAGGUGUCCUAAAUGGUCCUAAGUUGUUUCCUGGUGAGUUUUUAAAGCGGUAAAGAGGUCCGAGAGUCUUUGGUGUGUCCUGAAUGACUUUUUUAAUGACUUGUGAUUGUUCCCGGUUGACUGAGACGACAUUAGCCCAGAACUUGAAUAUGUAACUUGUGUGAGCUAACAGAUGUCUGCUUUUAACAGAAUAACAACUAAUCUAAAGUGGAUUAAAGAUUUCUUGGUCCUGAGAUGUUUUGGUCUGCUCAAAUUAGACGUUUAAGGAGUUUUUAGAUGUUUGGAAAGCAUCGACUUGGACGUGUUCAUGUGUUGAAUAUUCGUCUCUAACAUGAUUUUGCUGCACGCCUUUAUGAAAUUGAGUUUAAUCAAGUAUCUGUCUGCAUGACGUGUGUUUUUCUUUGUUAGUUUGAAAGUCUUACUCGUUUCUUUUGGGCGUCCUCAUCCAGGUAACAGUGUCAAACAGACUGGUGUCCUCGCCCUGCUGCAUCGUGACCAGCACUUACGGCUGGACCGCCAACAUGGAGAGGAUCAUGAAGGCCCAGGCUCUCAGGGACAACACCACCAUGGGCUACAUGAUGGCCAAGAAGCACCUGGAGAUCAACCCAGACCACCCCAUCGUCGAGACCCUCAGGCAGAAGGCUGACGCUGACAAGAACGACAAAGCAGUGAAGGACCUGGUCAUCCUGCUCUUCGAGACCGCCCUGCUGUCCUCAGGCUUCUCCCUGGACGACCCACAGACCCACUCCAACCGCAUCUACAGAAUGAUCAAACUCGGCCUGGGUAAGGACCCUCUCUAGAUCAGAAACCGCAGUUUCUGCCUGACUCACAUCUACAGACACUAACCUGAAUCUUCUGACCUCCAGGUAUCGAUGACGACGAGGUCCCCACAGAGGAGGUCACCUCCGUCCCAGAUGAGAUUCCUCCCCUAGAAGGUGAAGGAGACGAUGAUGCGUCACGCAUGGAGGAGGUCGACUAAAUCCGUUGUCCAGAUUUCUAACACUUUAGCCUCACUUUUCAAUUGUUCAUCCUGUAAAACUGCAGUAACUGCAAAACAAAUAGUCAUUCAUGUUGUGUGGUGGACCAGUGUUGCUCUUGUGUCCAGAGCAUAACUCUGCAAGACCCCUUUUUAAGAAAAGCAGUUUUGGUUUUUGCGUUCAUGGUGACAGCACAUAUGUUUUAAAGAGUACCUUGUUGCACUGAGUUUUAAAGUUGGAGCGGUCAUUGGUGAACAUGGGAAUGGUACAUUCCAUUAUAAGAUCAGUUCUGGUGUCGGGUUUGUCGAAGGUUCUGCUCAUGUGCAACACUGCACGCUGCAUGGAGAGAGGACUGUAAGAUUCCUUUGCCUGAGUCCAGGCUUGUCUGUAUUCCAAGUCUUGUUUUGCAAAAAAUUAAAGAUGUAAUACCUUACACACCCUGUCUUUGUCUUUCAAUAUAACAGAUGUGAAAUGUUUGUGUUCAGUCUGGUUCUCACCUGAUUUCUCUGCUGUUCCUCGGGUUGACCACAAGGUGGGGAAAAAGCGCUGAAAAUCAGGGGCAGCAGAACCGUCAGUGAUCGCUCAUUCCCCACAGACGAUAAACUGCAGAGUCAGAAAAAAACAACGUUAGACACGUUUAGAUGUUUAGGAAAACUACAAAUAUUUAGACCACACAUAUUUAAAUGAAUGUAUUUUUCUGUUUUGAUGAUGGCUCAGGCCAGAAAAUACUAUAUAUAAUAAAUAUGUCUCAAAU